CCGGGGCAGGCUGGGAAGGACGAGUCGUUUCUUUCACACGAGGAGGAGGAGAAAGGGAGGCAAAAAAAAAUAGAAAUAGGCUUUUUUGACAGCUAGCUUUUAGCUAGCUUGGUCCAGCGCAAACACUGCUGGGAAUACCCUCUGGUCCUCCGAGAAGAGACGAAGAAGUGGCAGCACAGGCCCGGCUGCACCAAGUGCUCUCUGGGACUAGACAGCUCUCCUCUGUCAUGGAGUAAUCUUUUGGAAACCAUCGUCCAUUGCAUCUUUUGAAGGAGUGCUACGCCUCGCUAGAGUCGGACCCAGUCACGAUGUUGAGCGUUGAAGGCCAGCUGCAGAGGUUUAGCUCAUGACUGAAAACCAUGAAGCAGCCAGGGAAGUGAUCUCGGUGCACGCUACACCCUAAAGGGUGCCCCCCUCUCUGGCACCAUGGCAUCCAAGGAGAGACUGUACGAGGUCUGGAUGCUCUACUGCACUAAGAGGGAUCCAGACUACUUGAAGCUAUGGCUGGAGAUUUUCAUCAGCUCCUAUGAGCGAUGCCUGGAUGUGGACUUUGAAAAGCCACCUUCAAGGCCAGAGGAGGUUCCCCCGGUGUUGACGCUCCUCCCAGACAACAUCCUGCAGGUCUUGCGCCACCAGCUGCUGCAGUGCGUCCAAAAAGCUUCUGAUGGCCUUGAGCCUGAGCAGCAAAACCUGGCUCUGCUGCUGCUCAAGUUCCUUAUCAUCAUCUGCAGGAACCUGUCCAACGCAGAAGAGAUUGGCACUUGCUCUUACGUCAAUCACAUCAUCAACAUGACAACACUCUAUAUUCAGCAGCUGAAGAGCAAGACCAAAGAGAAGGAGAUGGUGGACCAGAGCCAGGCGGAGGAGUUCGUCCGUCAUGCGCUAGCAUUCUGCGAGAGCCUCUAUGACCCGUACCGCAACUGGAGGCAUCGAACGUGCGGGGAGCAGCUGGGUACAGUGGAGAGGAGCAGACAGAAGUACAAGGCAGCCCCGCUCACUGUUGAGUUUGUUCCUUUCUUUUACCAGUGCUUCCAGGAGAGCGAGCACCUGAAGGAGAGUCUGAAAUGCUGCCUGCUGCACCUGUUUGGAGCUAUAGUAGCUGGUGAUCAGAGGAAUGCUCUGUUUGCCAUCUCUCCAGCCACAAUGGAGGUGUUGAUGCGGGUGCUGGCUGACUGCUCCUUGGGUAGCUGCUCUUCAGAUGAGGGCGAGGACUGGGACAGUGAGGCACCCGACCGGAAGGCGCUGCUGACUCUGGGCUGCCUGCGGGAGGUGGUGCAGCGCCUCCUGGCCUCAAGCUCUGACCAGCGGCAAGUGGAAAUCGCCUCGGUGUUGGAAAACUACUUCAAGCUGCUCAACUCUGACCCGGCGGCUGUCGUUGCUGCCCAACAGCAGGCCAAGGGCCGAGUGCCAACACUGGGCCGACACUGGGAGAGCCGAUUUGUGGCGCUGCAAGUAAACAUGCUAGACACUAUCAGGGACAUGUUCCUGUGUUCAGACAGGCCAGUUCUACAAGCAAUCUUCCUCAAUAGCAACUGUUUUGAGCACCUAACACGACUGCUGCAGAACAGCAAGCUGGUUAAUGCUAGGUGCACGGCGGCAGACAAGGACCAGAAAGAUAUAACCAACAACAGGUUACUGACAGGAGAGAGGGACACUCAGGUGUUUCAAGGGCGACUAGAUUCCCUCGCUGUAGCAACCAUCAAAGCCCUGACAACAGUGAUGCACAAAUCACCAGCUGCAAAGGAGGUGUUCAAGGAGAGGAUUGGUUACAAUCACCUGUAUGAAGUGCUCACCUCACUCGGCCAGCCGUCACGAAACCUUCUCAAAGAGCUGAUGAACAUGGCGGUGGAGGGGGAGCACACCUCAGUGGGGCUCCUCGGCAUCAGUAACGUGGAGCCCUUGCUGCUGCUGGUCCAGUGGCUUCCAGAGCUGGACUCUUCGGAACGGCAGCUUUUUACGGCCGACUGGCUCCGCCGCCUCAGCUGCCUCAACCGCCAGACCCGCGCCACCUGCGUCAAUGCAGCCAUGGUCAUGCGAGCGCUGGCUGCCCUGGAGGACCACCAACGGCUACACCGAGCUUGUGCUGAGAGCCUAUUGGGGCUGUUGGGCUCACUGGGCUCACAGUCCUUGAGCGCCAGGGAACUCUUGGGACUCCUGCGCCUCCUCAGGCCUCCAGAGUCCACUCAAGCACACCCUUAUGUAGGUCCUGCCCUGAGAGCCCUCCUGACCAUGGUACGGAAGCAGGGCCUGGAAAGUGCCAUGCAGUACUUUGACCUGUCCCCCAGCAUGGCUGGCAUUGUAGUUCCGACAGUGCAGCGCUGGUCAGGCUCUGCCUUCAGCUUUCUCGCCUGGUUGUCACUAGAUCAGGACCAGCUGGGCCCACCCAGCAAGGACAAGAGGAAGCAGCUCUACAGCUUUUUUACCCCAGGAGGUACGGGGUUUGAGGCCUUCAUCAGCUCAGCUGGUGUGCUGGUGGUGGCUGUAUGCACGAAGAAGGAGUAUGUCACAGUCAUGCUGCCCGACUACUGCUUCUGUGACUCUCUGUGGCACAGCAUCGGUGUGGUGCAUGUACCAGGAAAGAGGCCAUUUGGACAGAGUCUCGUGUACAUCUAUGUGGAUGGACAGCAGAAGCUGUCUGCACCCCUUAAGUAUCCCACCAUGACAGAGCCAUUCAUCUCUUGUUGCAUCGGCUCAGCUGGCCACCGGACCACCACUCCCCCGCCCUCUCAGAUUCCAGAUCCUCCCUUCUCCUCCGCCACCACACCCACCACUCGCUCCUCGCUGGGCGGCAUCCUGUCGCCGCAGACCUGGGGGGGGCUGCUGGGUGGGAAGUCUGAGUCUGUGACUAAGCUCAUCUCUGCAGGGACCCAGGACAGCGAGUGGGGAAGCCCCACCUCCUUGCAGGGCCAGCUGGGGAGCGUCAUGGUCUUCCAUGAACCCCUGCAGCCCAACCACAUAAAAGCCAUCUUUAGUGCUGGUCCAAACUGCAUCUCUCCAUUCAAAGCCCAGGAAUCAGAACUCGGCGAUCUCUCAACCAAAUUGCUGCUGCACUACUCACCCAAGGCGUGUAGGAACCCCAUCUGUCUAGAUCUGUCUCCAAACAUGCUGCAUGGACGCCUGACUGGAAAUAAAGUUGUCAACUGGGAUAUCAAGGAUAUGAUCAACUGUGUGGGUGGCGUGUCAGUGCUCUUCCCUAUACUGGAGCAGUUGGCCCUGGUGACCCCUGAUCAGCAGGCAAGUGAUCCUGAAGCAGGGUCGGAUUUCAUUACCCCUGAUGUGACCACGCCGGCCGAUGGAGAUUGGGUCAUUCUCCCAUCCAACAGGGCUUCAGAGGCACGCCUGGAGAAGAAUCUGGUGGCCACCUUCCUGCUGGUGCUGAAGCAUUUCCUGCAGAGACACCCGAUCAACCAGGAGAACCUGCUCCACUCGCAUGGCGUCGGUACACUGGGAGCCCUGUUGCAGAAGCUGCCAGCAGGUCACGUGGAUGUCAGUGUGCUGGUUGCUACGCAGCUGCUGAUAGAGCAGGUGACAUAUGAGAAGAACCAGGCUCUGCUGCAGCAGCUUCACACACAUCUGCUGUUCAACUUCAACAUCUGGAACAAAGGAGACUUCCCUCUGCGCAUAGGUCAUAUCCAGUACAUGUCAACUGUCAUAAAAGAUAACCGGAAGCAGUUCAGAAAAAAAUAUGGAGUUCAAUUCCUCUUGGACACUAUACGCCUUUAUUACGGGAAGAACAGCAACAAAGAGAGCGACCUGAGUGAGGACGAUAUUCGUACCAUCCGGGCGUCUCUCUACGGCCUCGUUAAGUACUACAUUAGCAAGGGAAUGUCACAGGACGAGAUGCACAGCAUCCUGGGAUACAUUGCUGCCAUUGGAGACGAGGACCAGUUGUGUGGACUUCUGGAGUUGAUACUCGGCCUUCUUCAGAGCAGUCCGGCCAGGGACCAGCUUUUCCUGCUCCUCUUUGAGCCUGGGGCGGCCGACUCCUGCUACGCUCUCAUGCUCAAUAACAAGCACUCAGAUCGACUACGAGAGCUUGUGUUCAAGUUGUUUGAGCGCAUGUUGCGCUGCGACCGAGUCUAUGAGAGGAAUAAGCAGCGUCUGCGGCUGAGGGACGCAGGUUACGCCGGCCUGUCGCUGCUCUUCUCCGAACUUCACAUCACUCCAAACCUGACCCGCUGUCUCCUCAACCAGGUCCUCCACACAGAUCCAGUGGUGAACUACAAGGACCUGAUGGCUCUGGUCCAGCUGACUCAUCGAGCCGGACCCAGCGUACGCCUCAUCGUCUGCAAGAGGGUGUACCAGCUGCUACAAUCCCAACAAGAUGCUGCCGUCCAGAUUUCGAAGCAGCAGUGUUGGCAGGACACGCUCAUGCGGCUGUACCUGCGGGGUGAAGGGUCCUUGCAACUGAGGAGCACUGACACCGUCAGCACCUGCAGUCUCGACUUGAGCCGGUCCGGUGGCAACAACCGCCUAGAGCUGCCGCUGGAGAGGAGGGCGCGGACAGGAAGUGCUGGCCGCCUGGACCGGCUGGAGGAUGACCGGCUCAGCAUAGGUGACGCUCGCUCUGUGGACAGCCUGGAGAAUGGUGACGUGAUCUCGCUGCUGGACACGCCAUCUUCCUCUGCCUCCACCGAGCCGCAACUACACGUCAAGCCCUGGGUGGUGGGGAAGUCCGGGGGCCUGAUGCUGGAUCUGUCCCACCUGCAGGCUUACGAGGGUGGGGAGAGCGGCAGCCAAACGCCUGGUAGCAUGCCAAGCACGCCGUCACCACUGGAGAACUCCAAGCCUUUCCCAGGGAGCUCCGGGGAUCGAGAUGCAACUUCUUCCCUGACUGAAGACAGCUUUCUCUUCAGUGACAACAUCUCACUUGGGGAGUCUUUCAACAAUGCUGAGCGGGCAGAGGAGGAGCUAAGCAGCAUGCUGCUGGAGAUUGUGCUGUGUGUGAUGUGGCGUGGCGUAGAAGGUUCAGAUGAUUCGGCGUGGCUGGAGCGCGGCCAGGUCUUCUCAGCUCUCACCAAACUGGGAACCGCCAACGAGCUGCUGCUUCCUGUCGACCAAAUCAAACUCAGUCUUAUGGAACGUAUGUUGGAGUGGGCUGUGAGUGAUAACCGCGAGGCAUCGGCCGCCACGUUGCCACAGCACACUGAGAACGCUGUGCGUUUGCUUCACAUGGUGCAAGACUUCCUGCAGGCGGAGGGCCUGGUCAAUCCAGCGCUGUGGACGGAGAAGGUGCUGGACGAGACUGUCACGCUGAUGGACAGCCUCAUGGUGUGGUACUCGUCCGGCACGCAGUGGUUCCAGCUCUCACAAGUUGGACUGAGAUUGCUGCUGGGCUUCAUGGCUCAGGAGGACCCUGAUGUGUGCGCCAUGGCCACUGCUAAGCUCAAUGGUAUCCUUCAAACCAAGGAGGUGUCCAGCCAGGACGAGGCCUGCUACCUGCUAGGUAAGGUGGAGUGUAUCCUGAGGCGCUCUGUCCAGGAGCAAACCGAGGAGACCUACUCCUUCCUGGUUCCUCUUGUGCGAACGCUGCUCUCCAAAGUCCACCGCCUCCUCUACAUGGAGCUGCACCUCCCCCAGCUCCCUGACACCAACGGCAGCCCGUCCUUCUUUGAGGACUUCCAGCUGUACUGCAAGUCACCUGAGUGGCGCGUCUACCUCGACAAAUACAUUAUCCCCUACAUGAAGCAGUAUGAAAUCGAAACAUUCAGCCAGGGCCACGAGACCAUGGCUCUCUACUGGAAGGAGUGCUACGAGGCCUUCAUGGUCAGCCUGCAUAAGAGAGAGAGGGAGAGGGGUGAGAGCAAGAUCCGCUUCCAGGAGCAAUUUGUGGAGCCUUUCUCACGCCGAGGCCGCCAGGAGAACCUUCGCUACAACAGCAUGUUGAAGCAGCAGCACAGCCAAAACAGCGCCACCCUCAGGCAGUGGAAGGCAGCACGGCGAGGUCUGGUGUGUGAGAGAGGGCCCUGGGCUGACAGGCAGCAGGAUGAGAUGCACUGGAGGGUUUCCAGCGCUGAGAACUUCUCCCGCAUGAGGCUGAAGCUGGUCCGUAAUUACAACUUUGACCCACAUCGAGAGGCCAGCGCUCUGAGAGACAACCUGGGUGUCCAUCAGCAGCGUAUAAACCCAGAGUCUCUGCUGCUGGAGGCUGUGAAGCAGGUCAAAGUGAGCGACCUGGAAGACGACAUCCUAGAGCUGCCGGAGGACGACCCCGCUGCUGCCAACAACCAAGUUGAAGCGGAGGAGGCAGGCCAGAAGGAGAAGCUGGUGCUGUGGGAGGACUGCGAGCUGGUGACGGUGGUGGACGUGGUGCCCGGCCGCCUGGAACUCACCACACAACACAUCUACUUCUACGAUAGCAGCCAGGAGAAGGAGGAAGGAGUGGGCCAUGACUUCAAAUGGCCCCUGUCUCAGAUCCGAGAGGUCCACCUGCGGCGUUAUAACCUACGUCGAUCAGCUUUGGAGAUCUUCCUCAUCGACCAGACCAAUUACUUCCUCAACUUUAAGAAAGAGGCGAGGAACAAGGUCUACAGUCGCAUGUUGCUUCUACGAUCCCUCAGCCUUUAUGGAGGCCGCUCACCGCAAGAACUCCUCAAAGCCUCGGGGCUUACACAGAAAUGGGUGAACCGGGAGAUUUCCAACUUUGACUACUUGAUGCAACUCAACACGAUUGCAGGCAGAACGUACAACAACCUGGCUCAGUAUCCAGUGUUUCCCUGGAUUCUAGCCGACUACACUUCAGAGGAGCUGGACCUGUCUGAUCCGCGGGUAUUCAGGGAUCUAUCAAAACCAGUCGCAGUACUAAACGAACGCAACGCUAAAGCUGUUAGAGAGAAGUAUGAAAGUUUUGAGGACCCAACAGGCACCAUUGAUAGGUUCCAUUAUGGCACCCACUACUCAAACGCCGCUGGAGUGAUGCACUACCUUAUCAGAGUGGAGCCCUUCACCUCCCUGCACAUCCAACUCCAGAGUGGACGGUUUGACUGUGCAGACCGCCAGUUCCACUCCAUCCCUGCGACAUGGCAAACUCUCAUGGACAACCCCAAUGACGUCAAGGAGCUCAUCCCUGAGUUCUUCUAUUUCCCAGAAUUCCUUGAGAACCAAAAUGGCUUUGAUCUGGGUCGCCUGCAGAUCUCCAAGGAAAGAGUAAAUGACGUUGUUCUGCCCAAAUGGGCCAAGUCCCCUGAGGACUUCAUCUACAAGCACCGCAAAGCCCUGGAGUCGGAGUACGUAUCAGCCCACCUUCACGAGUGGAUCGAUCUGAUCUUCGGUUACAAGCAGAGGGGCCCUGCAGCGGUGGAGGCCCUCAACGUCUUCUACUACUGCACAUAUGAGGGGGCGGUGGACCUGGAUGCCAUCACUGAUGAAAAGGAGCGUAAGGCCGUGGAAGGCAUGAUCAGCAACUUCGGACAGACACCCUGCCAGUUACUCAAGGAGCCCCAUCCGGUGCGUCUGUCUCAGGAGGAGGUGGAAAAGAGGAAGGCUCAGCUAGACUCGUGUCCCCUCAGCAUGUUCGAACACCUCAGCGACCUCAAAUCCUUCUUUGUUGAGGGCAUCAGUGACAGUGUGCCACUGGUGAAGGCCGUGGUGCCAAAGAACCAGUCCCAUUCUUUCAUCACCCAGGGCAGCCCCGACACCAUGGUGACAGUUAGUCAGAACUGCCUGGUUGGGACUCAUGGAUGGCUGCCUUACAACAAGAACAUCUCCAACUACUUCACCUUCAUUAAGGACCCCACUGUCUCCAACACCAAGACCCAGCGUUUGCUGUCCGGUCCCUUCGCCCCUGGCGUGGAGGUUACAGCGGGACUGUUUGUGGUCUCCCACGAUGGCAAGUUGCUCUUCAGCGGUGGUCACUGGGACAACAGCCUCCGGGUCACCUCCCUGGUUAAGGGCAAGACUGUGGGACACCACAUCCGACACAUGGACAUUGUGACCUGCUUGUCAACAGACCACUGCGGCAUCCACCUGAUCUCCGGCUCCAGGGACACAACCUGCAUGGUGUGGCAGGUUCUGCAGCAGGGUGGAGCUCCUGUGGGUCUCUAUCACAAACCGGUGCAGGUGUUGUACGGACACACGGAUGAGGUGGUCAGUGUCAGCAUAAGCACAGAGCUGGACAUGGCUGUGUCUGGAUCACGGGAUGGGACAGUGAUCAUCCACACGGUGCGUCGGGGUCAGUACAUGCGCUGCUUGCGGCCGCCGUGCGACAGCUCCCUGCCGCUCUCCAUCCUCCACCUGGCCGUGUCCUGGGAGGGUCACCUGCUGGUCCACACCUGCCUUGAAGGCAAAGCAACGCUCAAGGAUAAAAACGCUCUACAUCUUUACUCUGUAAAUGGGAAGCACCUCUGCAGCGAGCCUCUGAAGGAGCAGGUGACUGACAUGUGUGUUUCAGGGGAGCAUGUAGUCAUUGGCAGCGAGCAGGGAUACCUGUCCAUCCGUGACCUGUACAGUCUGUCUCUGUGUACGGAGCCCAUGGCCAUGCGGGUGCCGGUGCGGAGCGUCUCGGUCACCAAGGAGCAGAGCCACGUCCUGGUGGGCCUGGAGGACGGCAAGCUGAUCAUCGUGGGCGUGGGCAAGCCGGCGGAGGUAAAGAACUCGCUGAGGAACUACAUCGCUCAGAGCCUGGAGGGAUCGCCGCUCAUGGCCUCCCCCCUGCUGGCCCCACUCCGAGCUCGCUCUCCAACCCACCUGCUGCACCAGUGCGACCAGCUGGUGUUCAGCCCCAGUUCCAGCUCCCAGAAACCCAAGCACCCCUAGUCCCUUCCUCCACUUCCAUUGCUGUAGAUCUGACAUACACCCAUUCAAACACACAAAUGAACCUGCUGCACACCGUGUUGCAAUGCUCAGUGUCCUCAAAGACCUUUUAACCCACAGUCACCUCUCUUUCUCAGGGAUGAUUGUCGCCCACAUUCAGUCAUUUGGCUUCAUUCCUCCCUAACCAAACACACUCUGACAUCUGAGCCCCACAGAAUGACAAUAACACAUUCCUUCAGCACACAGCCGAGCAGACUCAGCGGCCACCAGAAUUGCGACUGUGAUAUGAUAACAACGUGUAGUGCUUACCUCAGUCUGUUUUUUUUUUUAUUUUCAAAAUAUUUGGCAUCUGUGCAAUAUUUGACUUGAUUUGGCCGUUGACCUGGGAUAAACUCCAUCCCCCUGCUGUUUACCUGAAGUGUCAUUAUGUCACGUGUUUGAGUGUACUCUACAACUAUAACAAAUAUGCUGUGAAACAAACUCAAUACUAAGUAACGCUUCUGCAAACUCAAGCCAUAUUAACAGUGUAGCUACAAUCAAAUAAUGCAAACUAAGAAUCUUGCGCCAAGAUAGACUUUAAUGUUUUGAUAACGUAGAUAGUGUGGUGUUGUAGAUGUCGGAGGAUGUCCCCCCUCUGAAUAGUUUGAUGUGAAUCAUCGCAUCUUUCUGCUUUUCAUUUUUUCUGUUCAAAUUGACCAAAGUGAAUCAAGCUUUGAUUUUUUUCUUUAAUGCCUCACAAGAUUCACAAGUCAAUCAAGCUCCAAUGAAUUAAUCAAUCACUCAUGAAUCAUAUCCCCCCCCCCCCUGUUUCCUUUGACUUCACGCUUUUCUUCCCCCCUCCUCUUCCUCCUCCUCCUCGUACUCUUCCUCCACUCUUCUCAGAUGCGUUCGGGCCAGAUUACGCGGAAGCUGUGGGGCUCCAGCAAGAGACUGACGCAGAUCUCCUCGGGGGAGACGGUGUACAACGCCUAGCACGAUCACAGCUGACCCGUCCUGGUCCCCAAGCCCUGAACCCUUCCCGCCAUGCACAUCCCACAUUCCUGUCACCCAGCUCGCCUCCAUACCGGUCUGAGGGACUCAUUUCACUUCCUCCAGCACCUUUCCACAGUUUAAUGGGUGGUGGGCAGAUGUCUUGGGGUGCUAAAAGCAUUGAGCAUCACAGCGUCUGCAUGUCCGUGUGUCUGUUAAGGUUUUUUAUGUGUGUGUAUUCCUGCUUUGGAUUGACCGUAUGGCGCUGGCGCUGUGGUUCAAAUCCAGAAGUAGCGCCACCACCCACUACUCCCUAACACCAUGUCUUCUCUCUUAAUUCCUCACCUAGUCAUAAUUUUUUUUACAUGAUACUACCAUCAGCCAUGUUUCCCCGGCAGGUGCCUUUUCACAGAGGCCCCUGUGUAUUCUCUGACCUGCACAGCUUAAAUCUGACAGGAUCGGUCAGCUAACUGCUCUCCUGUGUGUGUGUGUGUGUGUGUGUGUGUAUGUGUAUGAAUGUCUAAGUGUGUGCAUGUGCAUUGUAUUGCCAUGCUCUCUAUCCUCUCUCUAU